AUGGACCGCCGCCGCAGCCCGCGGCUCCGUUCCCAAAUCCACGCAACUGGGGACGGGGCCGGACUGGACCGCCGCCGCAGCCCGCGCCUCCAUCCCCGAACCCAGGCGAGCCAGGAGGGCGCCUCCAUGACCCGCCGCAUCCCUCGCCGCCGCCGCGGGCGCUCGCCCGCCUCCCUGCCGGACGACGACGACAUCCUGCGGGAGAUCUUCGUCCGCCUCCCGCCUACGCCGUCCUCGCUCGCCCGCGCCUCCGCCGUCUGCACGCGCUGGCGGGGCCUCCUCACCGACCCCAAGUUCCACCGCCAGUUCUGCGCGCGCCACCGGAACCCGCCGCUGCUCGGCUCCUUCGUGCCCGGCCACGGCCAGCGCAUCGUCUUCGCCCCCAUGCUCGACCCGCCCGACCGCAUCCCACCUUCGCGGUUCGACCUCGGACGCUGCGGCCACAACAUGGACGUGCUCGGUUGCCGCCACGGCCGCGUCCUCGUCAAAUCCCGCGUGUGGGACGGUGGCCUUCCCAGCCGCGUCAUCGUCUGCGACCCCAUCACAGGCGACCAGCGCACGGUGGCCUUCCCACCCUACUUCGGCAGGGUCUCCGUCAACGGGGCGGUGCUCUGCGCCGCCGCCGAGUCCGACCCUGGCCACGUGCACGGCAGCUGCUACUCCAGCCCCUUCAAGCUGGUCCUGGUCACCAUGUACAGAAGACACCCGAACCGACUCCUCGCCUGCGUCUACUCCUCCAACACCGGCCUAUGGGGCGAUCUCAUCUCAUCAGAGUCUCCAUCCGACAUCCAUGGCAAACCUGCCGUCCUCGUCGGCAAAUCUCUCUACUGGCUGUCCGUGAUCAAUGGCAGCAUACUCGAGUUCGAUCUGGGCGAGAACAGCAUAGCUGUGAUGAUGGGGCCUCCUGUUACCCAUGCCGAACGCUGCAUAAACCAUCAGAUCAUCAAGGCUGAGGAUGGCGCCAUUGGCUACGCCAUGCUGGUUUAUCCUUCUCUCCUAAUGUGGAAGAGGGACGUCGAUGCUCAUGGCGUUACCACGUGGGUGCCGUGGAAGAUCAUUGGAAUGGAUACCGUUCCUGAACUCCCUCCUCGGACCGAAAGAAGGGACAGAAUUCAGGGUUAUGAUGAGGAUACUGAUGUAGUCCUUUUACAUUUGAAUGGCACCGUGUACAUGCUUGACCAUAAGUCGAUGCAAUCUACUAUGCUUUCUGGACCCUUGAAUCAUAUCGGCGCCUACCAUCCUCUCAGGUGUUUCUAUACGCCAGUCAUUCGCGAAGGUCAUGAAGUGUACGAUCCAUAGGAUGAAUGUCUGGUUUGAUGUACUAAUGUGCUGAAAUGGUUCUUAAGGUAAGAAGACCUUCUGAAUAUAGUUUGUGAGAUUUCGUAUGUUUGAUUCUUUUCUGUUUUGGGAGAAACUAUCUGGCUGCCAGCUAGGGGCAUGCACCCUCAAACUGCUUUCAUCGGACAAUGGGGAUUCACACAUGCGAAUGACACAGACAAACAAGUAAAAUGACGGUGAUUCACAUAUUAUCCUAAUGUGUUACAUGGUGUUGAUGUUGGAAUCACCUCACGCCUAGGCCAUGCCCAGAGGUCUCCCUUAGUUUGGCUGUUUCAUAAUCGAUAAGUUGAAUGAAAUAUCUCAGUACCCUGUUUUUUUUACUACAAACCGCAGUCACAUCAUCGAUAGAUAGAUUUAUUCUGUUGUCAUCGCAUUCCUAUGAGCUGCAGCUAGUCAUAUGAUAUCUGUUAUAGAGCUCUCUGUAUAUAUGUUUCUGAGUUGAUAAUGAGUUUGUUU